CUUUAUCAUUGAAGGAUAGAAAACUUUCUUCAAAUAACCGAGGGUGUCUGCAAUAACAAAACUUGCUUGUUUAGCAUUUAUACAGAUGAUGGAGGUUUUGUGCAAGGCAGAGUGAAACAAUUCCUUGUUGAAUGUGGAGUGAAGUAAUUUCAUGCUAAGGUAUCAAAGGGGUGUUUUCUGUUUAUACAGAAUAUCUAGAUACAUUAGCUUAUCUUCAGCUCCGGUAAAGUCACCUACGAGUAUUGUAACACAGUCAUGUCUUACCAAUUUUACCUGUGAUUCAAACUUUAGUAACAAUUUGUUGACAAGGAAAUCAGCCCCUUGGACCACUUUGACUUUGUCGAGAACCAAGAAUUACUGUAAAAUGGCUGAUAAUAGAUAUGUUAUUGGAUACGCAAAGCUCGGCACGUCUGGUUGUAAGGGCUGUAAGACGAAGAUUGAAAAGGGUUCUUUGAGGAUUGGGAAAGUGACCGCCAAUCCGUUUGGUGGGGAUGGAGACAUGAAGCAGUGGUAUCACCCUAGCUGUAUCUUCAACACUUUCAAGCGAGCCCGCGCUACGACCAAGAAAAUAGAAGAACCUGAUGACAUGGAAGGAUUUUCAGAAAUUCAACAGGAAGAUAAAGAUAUGAUCAACAAGCUAAUAAAAGAAAACCUUGGAAAUUCUAAAACACCAAGCAAGAAAACUCCAAAGGCUGUGACUCCCAAAAAGGUUGUUGCCUCUCCAGCUGCUGCCAAGUUUACCCCAGCUAAAUCUUACAAUGAUGAUGAGGAAGAUGCUGUUGUGCCCUCAACAUCCUCCAAGAUGCCGGAUGAUAAUGGGGAGCGAGAUGAUGCAUUCCGUGAAUUCCGACGUCUAUCUGCUGAAAUUGCUGAUGAGAGUAGUUACAACUCCAAGACUGCUCUGGUCUCAAAAUACCUCACCAAAGGAACGACUGGAGAGGGCUACACAGGUAACACCUAUCUACUUCUGAAGCUGCUACUGCCAGGAGUUGUGAAACGAGUAUACAACCUGAACAACAAGCAACUUGUCAAAUUAUUUAGUCAGAUCUUUGGAACCAGUCUGCAGGCAAUGGUGGCUGAUCUUGAUCAGGGAGAUGUUGCCGAGACGGUGAAGAUAUUUUUUGAACAGAGUAAAAGUUUGAUGCCCGCAAAGAAAAGUGCACUGACAUUACAACAGGUGGACUAUUUACUCGAGGAACUCUCGCUUGUAACAAAGGAAGAUGACCAGCAGAGGAUUCUCACAAAAAUAGCAAAACGAUGUACACUAAACGACCUGAAGAUGGUCAUACGGCUGGUAAAACAUGACUUGAGGAUCAACGCUGGAGCUAAACACAUUCUUGAAGGUUUAGACCCCAAUGCCUACGCAGCGUUCCAGGCCUCGAGGGAUCUCCAGGAUGUUGUUGACCGGGUCCGCCAAAACUUAGAGGAGGGAGGUGGUAAACCUGGGAUGGCCAAGAAACUGAGUGUCAGGGCUAAUCUCAUGACUCCAGUUCUACCGAUGCUUGCUGAAGCGUGUAGAUCUGUUGAGUUUGCCAUGAAGAGAUGUCCCAAAGGUUUCUAUGCAGAGAUUAAGUAUGACGGUGAAAGGGUACAGCUACACAAGAAAGGACCAAAGUUCUCUUACUUCAGCCGGAGUCUUAAACCUGUACAACCACAUAAGGUGGAGCACUUUAAGGAAUACAUUCCGAAGGCUUUCCCUUCGGCGGACGACCUCAUUCUGGACGCAGAGGUGUUACUAGUGGAUACAAACACAGGAAAGCCCCUCCCCUUUGGUACACUAGGAGUCCACAAGAAAGCUCAGUUCAAUGAUGCCAAAGUGUGCUUGUUUGUGUUUGACUGUCUUCACAUUAACGGGGAGAACAUCAUGGACAAGCCAGUAAAGACUAGAAGAAGAAUCCUGCAUGAAAAUAUGACGGAGAUUGAACAUCGUAUCAUGUUCUCAGAGAUGCAGCAUAUCAGGGAGCCAGAUGACCUACAGGACUUGAUGAACGAUGUGUUUAGACAGGGGUUGGAGGGACUUGUUCUCAAGGACAUUAAUGGGAUCUAUGAGCCAGGGAAGAGACAUUGGUUGAAGAUAAAGAAGGACUACCUGGAACAGGGCACAAUGGCUGACUCUGCUGACCUGGUGGUAUUAGGGGCCUACUUUGGAUCGGGAAACAAAGGUGGGAUCAUGUCAGUUUUCCUGUUUGGAGUUCAUGACCCUGAUACUGACCAGUGGUGUACAGUCACCAAGUGUCACAGCGGACUGGACGACAAGACCCUGGACGAACUCCAGACUAAGAUGGAUAUGAUCAAAAUAAGUAAGGAUGCAAGUAAGAUUCCUGACUGGUUGAACAUAAAAAAGCAAGUGAUUCCUGACUUUGUGAUCCGUAACCCAAAGAAGGCACCAGUAUGGGAGAUAGCUGGAGCCGAGUUUACUCAGGCCGAGAUCCAUACUGCAGAUGGCAUCAGCAUUCGGUUUCCCCGUAUCACUAAGUUUCGUGACGAUAAAAGCUGGAAGGAGGCUACGAAUCUCCCAAGGCUAAAGGAACUGUUUAAGAAAUCCAAGGAGACAACAGACCUGUUUCCCAGCCCUAAAAAAGGCAAGACUGCUGUCAAACGGAAAGGGAGCCAGGACAGUAAUGAUGACAACAGCAAUGGUAAUAGUAAUGGCCACUCAGAACACAGGGGGUCAGCACCUUCUACACCCUCCAAAGGUCGGGGGUCGUCACCUGUAACCCCCUCCAAGACCACGCCCAGUAAGAUGGGGAGUCUGACAGGCUGGGUCAAAAGGGGUGAAAAAAGGUCAAGGUCAGAAGAUAGUGAUGAAGCCUCAUCACCAAAGAAAAAAGUAUCGCAAAGUUCUCCUUCAAAGAAAAUGGAUGAGGAAUCGCCAAGGAAGAAGUCCUCUAAUAAACCUGUGUGUAAAUAUGGAAGUGACUGUUACCAAACUAACCCUGCCCACAUAGAGCAGUUUUACCACCCAACAGACAACAAGCUACCCAAACCAGGGGAGAAAUUACCAAAUGUGUUUUCUGGAACAAAAAUAUUCUUGCCUGAAGACACAGACAAAUACAGGCUGCUGAAGCGAUACAUCAUCGGAUUUGAUGGAGAUCUUGUGGACGACUUUCAGAAGAAAACAGCAACCCAUGUUAUUGUUAAACCAGGGGAGGUGGUGUCGACCACAGGUGUAUGUGUCACGGUGGAGUGGCUGUGGAGCAGCAUCAAAAAGAAGGUGAAGGUGCCCCUGCAGAAUUUCCGUGUCACAUGAUCAAGUUCUUAUGUGAUCAAUUGUUUGUGAGACGUGAUAUGAUAAAGUUUUAAUAUUGACUGGGCAUCCACAGAAUGAUAUUGCAAACAGUGAACACGAAUCAUUCUCAGAUUAAGACAUUUUAUCCUGGAUGUAAAUCCUGACUUUGUACGAACAUCCUGUACACGUAGGAAACUUCCUUUUGUAUUAACCAGUUUGUAUAUGAAUGUGAACAGAUACUAGAUUUGUUCAUACCUUACUUAAACCCGGGUACCCUACGACUGUUACCGUAGUCGUAGCGUUAUUCUGGAGCUGUGUGUAUAAUGUAUGGGAGAUGAUGAUAAGUAUGGGAUGUGCUACUCAGAGAAAAUUGAAGUGUUAUGGAAGUAAUUGUUUAAGGGUUAUUACAGUACCUAUACUGACAGAUUACCCUUUUACUAGAUGGUUUUGCUAACUCAGGGAAAACAAUUCUAUGUUGUAACUUAAUAUCAUGUAUAAAGAUGAAAAAACAAAUUCAAGUCACAACCAAUUUUUAAUAUACUUUUAGUUAAACAUUAUUUUUUGGCAACAAGCUGAUUUUUUAUUUUUGAUGCACGCUUUAUUGAUCAUAGACAUGAAUAUAUAUAAGAUGUUGUGUCUGGAAAGUCAAUAUUUCAACUAUUACAGCUUACGGUAAUUUAAUUUAUACAUAUAUGAUCAUUGUCAUUAAUACAUUAUACACUUAUUUGUGUGAAAAUCUGUGUGACUACCCAUGAUUUGUGAUGAAUUUGGAAUUUGAGGUUUUGCAUGCAAACAUGUGUACUUUUACAUAAUUUAUGGUCAUUAGUGAUUACAAGAAUCAUUUUGUGUCUGGCAGCUAUGAAAUGAACCGGUUGAUAAUCAAAUCACUAAAUAGGAAAGUUACCUGCUCAUUGCCAUUGUAAAAUCAUUUUACAUUUUAUUAUCAAACAACUUGACAGCCAUUUUACUAAGAUGGUUCACAAGUUAUUUGAUAAACGUCAUAAUGAUAGCUGUAUUGUUUCCUCUUUGAAGCUUCAUACAAACGUCUGCAGGUUUAACCUUACAUCGGCUACUCUAGGCGCAGUUCAUACUGUUGUACAAAAUGUAUUCAUUUGGUUCUGCACAUGCAAGAACAUGUCUUUGCAUGCAGGUAUCGUUUAGAAAUAUUGUCAUAGUAAAAGGACUCAAUUUAAAAGAAAAAAUGGUUGUGAGAAUGUUAUCAAACUUUACAUGGGUCACACACAUUUCAGAUAUUUAGCAAACCAACCAUCAAUUAAACAACUUGUUUAUGGUAAUUUUUUAAUGUAUUUGUUAGAAUGAUAAAACACCUAGCAGAUACAUAAAAAUAAGCUUUGAAAAAUAUUGCAAUUUCAUUUCUGUAUUGCAAUACAAAACAAUAUGCCUGUGUAAAGUGAUAUGUAUUGUGACAGACUUUAUACAUAAAGACCAGGUUUGGUGGCCUGUGUAAAGUGAUAUACAUAGAGACCAGGUUUGGUGGCCUGUGUAAAGUGAUAUGUAAUGUGACAGACUUUAUACAUAAAGAUCAGGUUUGGUGGCCUGUGUAAAGUGAUAUGUAUUGUGACAGACUUUAUACAUAAAGUCCAGGUUUGUUGGCCUGUGUAAAGUGAUAUGUAUUGUGCCAGGCUUUAUACAUAAAGACCAGGUUUGGUGGUCUGUGUAAAGUGAUAUGUAUUGUGACAGCCUUUAUACAUAAAGACCAGGUUUGGUGGCCUGUGUAGGG